AUGGGUUUUUUUUUCAGAUUGGCCAAUGACCUAGCAAUGUGGAAGCCGUAUUCACCUGUCUUCAAUAACUGCAAUAGGCGAAAAGAAUUUGAAGAAUCAGAUGAUGGACUCUUCCAACUUUGCCGACCGCCGAACAGGAAAGGUUCUGUACAUAGCGAUUCAAAUGUUUCGUGUUCUCGUCACUCCGUACUAACAGUUAAUGCAUUGAGCAGUGAUAAGGCGCAUAACUUUUGCAUAUUGGCAAACGUUAACGAUGGGCGAUUGCUUAUUGGCACUGAAUUUGGGGUUUGUAUUGAUUUUAUUCUCUGUAAUAUGAUUGCUAAGCGGAUUUCUUUCAUCAACUGA